UUGCACAAUGUUAAGAAGUCAGAGCCAAGUCAGCUAAGAGUGAAGGGGAACCGUUUUGCUGAGUUGGUUGGGAGGCAUCGGCGGCUCCUCAGAGUUUCGCUUUGAGCCUGCCCCAAGGGGAUGUGGGUUUGCUGCGCUAACAGUCAAACUGCCGUGCCCGGAGCUUUUGUACCAGCGGGAAAAGCCAGCUUAAUUUUCGCGGAGGAGAGAAAGCAACCUCCCGCCGCUGGUGAGGCGGGAAAGCCCGUCUUCACCCCGACGGGUUUUCCCUACUCGUAGUUAGGGAAACUUCUGGCGGGGUGGGGGGCGAGGAAGGUCGGAGCAGAACGACAGGACGGGGCGGGGGCGGCUGCCUGACCUGCCACGAGGACUUCGUGUCCGCGACCUGAGCGGGAAGGGAAGAGCUCGUGGCUGGGCGGGGGUACGGAGGCAAGCUCACGGGGGAAAAGACCUCCGCAGCCUGGGCCGCCCUCUGGAAGGAAGCGCCCCCGGAGGGAGCGGUUUCUCUUCCUCUUCUCGAAGGGACGCCUCGGGGCGGCUUCGUCCUGCCCCCCCCCACUCCUCCUCCUCCACUCCCGAGUUAAAGUUUUGUGACUUCAGCCGCUUUUAUGACUUCAGCCACUUGGCGGAUCUUAGUAACCCCUAUGAGCUGGCGGGGCCUCUCUGCCUCCAGGCCUGGUGGCGGGGAAAGGCAGCCGCUAAUCCCGCGGGGUGUUCGCUGGUGGCGCAGGAUGCCCUGCUUCCCGCAAGGCGCAGCCUUCAUUCCCACGUUCCUGGUCUCCUGGUCGUCGGCUGCGUUCAUCCUCUCCUACGCGAUCGCCGUGCUCAGCGGCCAUGUGGAGCCGCUCUUCCCGUAUAUCAGUGAUACAGGAGCAAAACCUCCAGAAAGCGGUAUCUUUGGAUUUAUGAUUAAUGUUUCUGCAUUCUUAGGUGUAGUUACAAUGUAUACAAAAUAUUUAAUUGUCAAGAAACAAAAUGAUGUGACACAUUUUGUUUCCCCUUGUUUCAACUUAUUGACAUUGUAUGUUGGAAUUCUGGGUUCUGUUGGACUGGGCAUUGUUGCAAGUUUUCAGGAGUUAGCAGUUCCUGCUGUCCAUGAUGGGGGAGCUCUUUUGGCUUUUGUCUCUGGUGCUCUCUACAUUCUUCUUCAGACAAUUAUCUCUUACAAAUCACGUCCACAAUGGAGCACCCCAUGUGUAUGUCACACAAGAUUAUUCCUCUCUGUAAUGGCUUGGGUAGCUGUCAUUCCCAUGAUUGCAUGUGCUUCAUUAAUAUCCAUAACAAAAAUAGAUUGGAAUCCAGGUGAAAAGGAUUAUGUGUACCAUUUUGUAAGUGCAAUCUGCGAAUGGACAGUAGCCUUCAGCUUUGUGUUCUUCUUCUUAACAUAUAUCAGAGAUUUUCAGGGAGUCACCAUACAGAUAUUAACAGAAAUUCAUGGAAACCACUGACCACUUUUUCUUAGCUGGAUUUAGGAAGGGGAGGGGAAUAUAAAGAAAAUGUUGCAGUGGCCAAGGUUGACCUGGCAUGAACCUGAUGCAUCACUGCUGCAAAUUUUGUAAUCAUUGUCAAAAAAAAAAUGUGUUUUUAAUUUUAGGGUAUUUUCCUAUGUAACCUAUCUACUAAUAAUCUUUUGUAUUAUAAAUACAUUUUCUGUUUUUUUAAAGUUUUUUAAAAGAGGACCUCUGAAAUAUGUAAUCACCAAGGAAUAAAUGUUUAUCUGUUACAAUCUU